AUGCCUCGUGGUCAGAAGAGUAAGCUCCGUGCUCGUGAGAAACGCUGUCUUAACAGAGGCGAGACCCAAGGUCCUAACAGUGCUCAGGCCACUACAGCAGAGGAAGAAGAGACCACUUCUUCCUCCUCUCCUGUUCUUGGGGAUGCUUCCUCAAGCUCCCCUAUUGCUGGCACUUCCCAGGAGCCUCAAAAAGUCCCAGCCACCACCAGAGCAUGUGUUUCACGGCGAGGAUAUAAGGCAGGUGCCAAGAGCCAGGUUGAGGAAAGUGAAAAUUCCUCCCCAGCCUCAACUUCCACUGAGAAAGCUCAAAAAGAUCCUCUAAACGGGAGGGUGGGGAUGUUGAUACAAUUCCUGCUGUGUAAGUUUAAAUUGAAAGAGCCCAUUAAGAAGAUAGACAUGAUGAAGGCCAUCCACACAAGGAACAGGGAGCAGUUCGCUGAGAUCCUCAGGAGAGCCUCUGAGCGCAUGGAGCUGGUCUUUGGCCUCGAAUUAAAGGAAGUCAAGCCUGGCAGUAACUCCUACACCUUUGUCAGCAACCUAGACUUCACCGACGAUGGCGCUAUGAGCAAUCUCUGGGGUUUUCCUAAGAGUGGGCUUCUCAUGCCUCUCCUGGGUAUCAUCUUCCUGAAUGGCAGCUGCACCUCUGAGGAGCAUAUCUGGGAAUUCCUGAAUAUUUUGGGUGUGUAUGAUGGAAGGAGGCACUUCAUCUUCGGGGAGCCCAGGAAGCUCAUCACCCAAGAUCUGGUUCAGGAAAAGUACCUGGAGUACCACCAGGUGCCCGGCAGCGACCCCCCGAGCUAUGAGUUCCUGUGGGGCCCCCGAGCCCACACCGACAUCAGCAAGAUGAAAGUCCUGGAGUUUUUGGCCAAGAUCCAUGAUACCGUCCCCAGUGCCUUCCCGCUCCAUUAUGCAGAGGCUCUGCAAGAAGAGGAAGAGAGAGCCCAAGCUGCAGCUGCAACCAAGGAUGCCUCUACUGCCAAGGCCAUUGCACGUCCCUGGGCCGCAUCUGGCCACUCGUCUCCUCCCUAG